ACGUCUGGUCCCUGCGGGUCGAGCAGCGGAUCGGCGAUUGCGGUGGCGGCGAAUAUGGUAACGGUGGCACUGGGGACAGAGACUGAUGGGUCGAUUCUUUGUCCAGCAGCGAGGAAUUCGGUGGUGGGGAUAAAGCCGACGGUGGGAUUGACGAGUAGGGCUGGGGUUGUGCCGAUUUCGAGUAGGCAGGAUACGGUGGGGACGAUGGGGAGGACGGUGGAGGAUGCGGUGGCGGUUCUUGAUGCGAUCGUGGGAUUUGAUCGGUAUGACCCGGAGUCGACGGCGGCGGCGGCAGCAAGAUUUAUUCCGGCGGGUGGGUAUAGGAGGUUUUUGAAGGUGGAGGGUUUGAAGGGGAAGAGGAUAGGGAUUUUGCGUCGGGGUUUUUUCGACUAUUCGAGUGGCGCAGUGGAAAACAGUACCUUCGAAGCUUACUUUCGCAUUCUUAGGCAAUAUGGAGCUAUCUUAGUGGAUAAUAUUGAAAUAGCAGACGUGGACACAAUAGUAAAUCCGCUCCAAAGUGGCGAAGCUGUCGCAUUAUUGGCCGAGUUCAAGCUCUCACUGAACACUUAUCUUAAAAAUCUCGUAUCUUCCCCGGUUAGGUCACUCUCAGAUGUCAUCGCUUUCAACAACAAUCAUCCUGUUGAGGAGAGGUUAGCAGAGUAUGGCCAAGCAAUCUUCUUGGCCGCUGAAAACACCACCGGGUUGGGUGAGGCGGAGAAGGCGGCCAUUAGAAGACUGGUUCAGCUUUCCGAGAAUGGAUUGGAGAAAACGGUGAAGAAGAAAGGCUUGGACGCUAUCGUGUUCCCUGAUGCAUCGGCAUCGUCUGUUCUCGCCAUUGGUGGCUAUCCGGGAAUCACCGUACCGGCCGGCUAUGGUACCGACGAUGUUCCUUUCGGAAUUAGCUUUGGAGGAUUGAGAGGCUCAGAGCCCAAACUGAUCGAGAUUGCUUAUGCCUUCGAACAGGCUACAAAAGUUCGAAAGCCGCCUCAAAUCGCCGAGUAAAUUGCAAGUUCUUGUAAGGAAAUAAAUAACGCUGUACUGCUAUGUGACCGUUACGUGACAGAGAAGAGGAGCACUGUGACCCGAG